UAUGACAUUUCGCAAUCGUCAACUCUUGUGGAAAUUAUAAUCAUCAGAUUUCUUUGCUAUACUCGAAUUCCAGUGUAUUGUUCUUACAAGUUCCCGCACAGCACAGCAGAAACAACCCAGAAUAAUGGCCAAUGCUGGUGGUAUCGUAGUUGCUUUUCUUUCCCUCUCAACGGAAUCCUGUGUAGAUCAGUUAAUUGAACGUAUUAAUACAGGUCAUGGACUAGAUUGCAUUUUUGUGAAACUCACACAUCGGGACUUACAGUUCUUUAUGCCUCAAGAUGAGUAUGACGCUGUGGUUCUGUUACAUUCAAUUUCACAAGGUCGUAACUCCAUCACUGAUGUUGCAGACGCUAAAUACAACAAACUGCUGCUCAAACUGAAGGAAAAAUAUGGUCCUGAUCGUGUGGGUGUCAUUGUUCAUUCCAUGACCAGUUACAGCCCAGUAUCAAAGAGCGCCCUCAUGAUGGUGUUUAAGAAGUCACAGCCAACAACUUUCAAGUGUUCUAAUUACGUCAUCCAAUGCAACAACCCGGCAAAAAUGGAAGAUGAACACAUCUCCCACCUUAUUGAGUUCCUUAAAAAUGCACCGCAUCAUGAGAAACCGAAGCCUCUCCUAGAAGGGUCUACAUCCGCAGCACGAUUGAGUGAAGCAACAACAACGAAUAUUGCCAGACCCGAUGAGCAUUCGCAUUCGUCGGGGGAAAUCCCAGAGACUAAAUCUACUUCGGCUGCAUCGGACAAAAAUAGUGUAACGAGACACGAGGAUAGUUCUCCUGAUAAUGAAAAUCCUGCUCUGCAAAUUACACGUGGUAAAGCAGGAGGGCGCGAGGAUUUAGAGCACACUGAUGUUAGUGCUAGUAAGGACAGGAAGACUCUCUUUUCUACUGCUUCCGCCGCUGACGCACCGAUGGAGAUAGAUGACUCUAAAGAGGGGACUGAGGUUCCUCAAAAUACAAGGCCAACUAGAGAUCCUCCCGCCAAUUUUGAUAGACAUAUGCCUAAAGCUGGCAAAGCAGAUAUGUCCUCACUUCCACAUCCAUUAUCGCAAGAUCCCCAUGAGCCCUCUGUCAGCCUUAGCUUGGGAUCAUACAGUGAGAAAGCAGGAGGAAGUAAUUCUUCAGGAUUUUCCCAGCAUCGUAGCACAACUUCAUCCGACGAUGCCUAUUCGUCAGCAGCCGUCAGAGAAUAUCCUCAUCCGAAGAGCCAUGGUUACGGACAAGCGACUUCAGCAAAGACGCAACCAUCUACGCCAUUGGAAUCAACUGUAGACCAACAUGCAGCGAACGUGAUGGCUAGUCAGCAGAAGAUUAUUAGCGAGAAGUGCGCUGCUUUGGCAUUCUUUGAUCUCUCCCGUAGAGGAAACCAUUCAGUUUCGGAGGCUGUUAGAAAACUCUUUCCUCAAAGGACACUUAUGCCGCAUGGCGACUGGAAAGAACUGGAAGGCAUGUGGCAUAUGUACACGGCCAUUCUUAUCGACGUCGGGAUAUCACCGACUUCCGAACUACAUAGAGAUGUCUUGUUGGCUUGCCUGGAUAACAUGUAUGAUAGACAAAAUGUCGCCAUCUUGUUUCCGGCCUCUACUACAGGCCCCGUCUCAGAACCUGAAAAAAAUUUUUAUCACCUCGUUUCAACAUCAAGAGUCUUCUACUUUCCCUACUACCCGGAUUCAGGAAGAUUUGGUGACGAUGCCAAAAAGAAUCUGGUUCAUUGGCUCAGCGACUGUUCCCUCCGACACUAUGGUAACCUGCAUCGGAAGAAUUUCUGUACACUGUUAUAA